AAGUGAGGGGCACUCCUUUACUCCAUUACUGAACAACCCCUGCCUACCCAACCCACUCUACUCUCACUGAGGGACGCGCCUUUACACACACAAGGAGAAAGAGAGAGGAGAGGAGAGAUAGAUGCAGGUAUUAGCAGGAGGUGGGGAGGGCGGCGCUGAGACACGGCCGUCCAGUGGGACAAGGAGAACCACUAGUGUGGAUGUGUUGCGGAGCUGCUGUCUUUCCCCAAGCACAUUUACGGCGCUACUUAAUCGGAACGCAGGUGUGCCCUCCUCCCCUUCCUCCUCCACAGAGCUACUACCGCCUAUCCCAGUUUCCCACGCGCCGGGGCAGGAACAACAAGAGCACGGUUAGAUGAGCGCGCGCGCUGCUUCUCUGAUCCCGUGCGCCGCUGUGAAUGUGACGCCGGGUCCUCAGCCGGCGCAGAUGACCUAAAGGCACGCCGCUCUCCCUGCUCCAUAAAGAGAAGGCUUUUAUUGACCACCAUGGCUGACCAGUACAGUAUGUUUCUCACCACGGCGCCACCCCUCCGGCGAGGGAGCACGCCUCUACCCGUCAAGCACCAGCUGCGGCGAGAGGAGGCCGUAUCCGACGACUGCGAUUGGAUAUCGGGCCUGGAGGAGCCCACCACGUUGCCUAUCAGUGACACAGCGGUGCCUCGAGACGACUCCUUCAGCCAGUUGGCGGCAUCCCAGCCGACGUACCAGAGCCAUGGAGGGGCGCUGAGGAUAGUGCUGCUGGGACAGAACGGCGUGGGCAAGUCGUCACUUGCCUUAUCCCUGGCCGGACAGUCGGACAGAUCGCUCUCUAUAGACUCUGAGACACAAGCUUGUGGUGAGGGCUAUGAGUGCACAGUGACGGUGGACGACGAGGACAGCAAAGUCAUCAUUUUUGACAACUGGAAACAGGACCUGUCCACUCUGCAGUGUGAUGUGUGUAUCUUGGUGUUCUCAGUGACCGACAGGCGAAGUUUCCACCGCACCGCCCAGCUCCGCCUCCUUCUCAGGGAGUCCCAGCCACAAACGCCCAUCAUCCUGGUGGGCAACAAGAGCGACCUCGUCCGGUCCCGUGAAAUCAGCUCAGAGGAGGCCCAAUCCAGCGCCAUGAUGUUCGACUGCGUCUACCUGGAGCUCUCCGCCUCUUUGGAACACGGCACGAACGAGCUGCUGGAGGCGGCGGUGCGGAGCGCGAGAGGGGACUGCGUGGGCCCCGGGUGGACGGACGGCGACCCGGCGGCGGGACGCCGAGAGAGCCUGACGAGUCGCGCCAAGCGCUUUCUGGCCGGGCUGGUGCCUCGCUCGUACGGGCGCGACCGGGAGCGUGGCCGCUACCGGGAAAUGAGCCGCCACCGGGGCAGCAAGAUCUUCCGGCAGAAGUCCCGGUCCUGCCAUGACCUCAGCGCACUGUGACCCGCAAACACAGACAGAGACGAAAGCACACUCCACAUUAACACAAAAAUAUAACAAACUGAAAGACUUUUUUUCUUUAGGAGGCGGGUGGGGGUUUGUAAAAGACAGAGCAGACAGGUGAGAAGAAGAAAUCGGACGAUGUGCAAGAGGUUUGAUUACAGGGUGAAACGCGGGAUGACAAGGGCGAGAAAGAUGAGAGGUGAAUGGUUACAGCACAUAGCCUCGGAUGGCAGUGAACCAUCAGCGAAGGCAAUUUUGGGACAAACGGAUGAGGAGGUGGGCUGUCUUUCAGCUCCAGGUUUCGGUGAAUCAGCGAACGCUCAUUACCUGAACGGAUCGAGAGAAAGAAAAUCAGCAGCAGAAUCAAGGUGCCGAUUUUAAAGCCUAAUCAGACCGACGGACGGUUGAAUGGCGUCACAAACACACACCCAGGUAGCACGCACUAAUGUAGAGACUUACAGAAUUUUAUUAUAUUUACCUGUUAAAAACAAUGUUUUAUAGCAUGCGUAUUAGCAGAAGCUAACCCUAUAGGUUUUACAGUGCCCAGUUUCGUGACUUUACAGUACCUCAGUGGCCAAUAGCACAUGCACAAUCCCAAAAGUGUUUGAAAGGCAAGACUAUUAUUACAUGUCCACAUGUAAUCCACCAUUUUUCUGUCCGCACUGCUGUUGAGGGUUUGUUUGUUACCAAACCACAACAGUUACUGCAAUCAGUGAGUUCAUCUCAGACUUUUAUAUACCAGGCUAACACAUCAGCACUCAAGCCAUAUUGUUACUGAAUGCACAGCGGGCAGCCAGCACAGCGAACCCUUUACUGCAAGACGCGAGGCGAACGAUGAAAGAAAAGGCAAUAGUGACUCUUUGAAUGACGCUGAGUCACGGGCCACAGGGAGGCUCUUGGAGGAUAAACGCGCAAAACAAAUCUACCUGUGGCUGUUUGAUGUUCUCUCCCUAUUUUAUUGUUUUGAUUUUGCUUUUUUUUUUUUUUUUAAGUUACCUGUUGGAACUUCUAAAUGUGACUAAUUUCUUCAGGGGUUUAGGUCCAGAGGACGCUGUGUGAACGAUGCCGAGACAUCUCGAGUGUGCCGGCGUCACCGACACACAUCCCCGCUCGUUUGUCACCGUCCACUGAGCACGCUCAUCCCCUCCACUGGGAAUAAAUACAGUUUGGUUUGACAUCUUUAUGAGCGUUUCUGUGAUGUUUUUCAAAGGGUGUAUUAUGAAGCGACAGCAGCCGUUUUACCCAGGUGAAGGAAUUAAACGCCUUUGAGGUCCGGUGAGACCUCAAAGGACCUCACCGCUCUUAUGUAGGUCAGAGCAGCAAAAAGAUGCAGUGUCAACACAAUGUGGGCUGACUUAAAUUGUAUACUGGUUCAGGAGGGGCGGAAAUAUGAAUGAGUUUAUAUCCCGACUUCAAGAUAAGCAGUGAAAUAAAUGACCUAUUUAUUUGUGGAAAUUCUUUUAUCUACUUUGGUGAGAUUCUCCACUUUUUCCUUAAGACCCUGACCUUAAGCUUUUUAAAUUCAGCUGAUUUUUAAGCUUGAAGUUUUUCAUAAAGUAUUGAUUUUAAAGUUCUACGAUAAGGAGCAAGUUUAAGUGUCCAUAAGAUGUUGUUUAGAAGUUCUAAAAAAAAGGGGCUUUCACAAAUUAAUCUGGUUGAAGUGAACAAGCAUUGCUUUGAACACCAGUAUAGGUACUUAAACCAGUUUAACAGUUUGCUAUGUUCUAAACACAAACUUGAAUACAUAUUGUGGAUUGUUUAUUAUCAUCACAAAAUAGUGCAUGGUCAUGAAGUUGGAAAAAAAAAAAGGUUUUAAAAUAUUUAAAUAAAAAUCUGAAAAGUGUGGUGUGGAUCUGUCAGAGUCAAUACCUAGUAGGACCACCUUUUGCUGCAAUUUAGACAUAUUUUGGCCUAUGUCUCUACCAGCUAUUGGCUAUUCUGUUUUGCAAAAUAACUAAUGGGAUGGAAAGCAUGUGAAUAUAAAUGUUCAAGUCUUGCCACAUUUUUCAAUUACAUUUUGGUCUAUUGACUGGACUUUUAUCUAAACGGUUCCACUGUAGCUCAGGCUGAAUAUUAAGCUUUUCCUCCCGAAUUUCUUUUUCGACCUCUAACAACUUUUCAUUCCAAAUGGCUCUGAAUUUAGCCCUAUUCACUACGCCAUCACCUCUGAACUUUUAUUUUGUUUGUUCUCUUUCAAGAGCUUUCCAGAUUGGUUUGCUCUUUUUACUGAUCGAAUGAUCGGCUUAUGAAGGAAAUGGUCUACACUAGAUUUCAUUUCGCGUCAGACUCGGCUUUGUUGGCCAGGUUGGCGUGCACACGCAAGAAAUUUCUCUUCGGCUUCACACAUCCACAGCAUCCCGGUUAUGUAUACAUUUACAAGAUGUAGAAGACCCGCAUCACUUUUUGAAUUUUCAUUCGUACAUUUUAAUAUCCUUAAAUAUCCACAGUAGGUCCCGACCCAAACUUUGGAAACCAUUUUGCUCCUAAGCUACAGAGCAUCAAUCUAACCACACAAAGUGUGAAUCACAUAGCCACUAUGUUAGAGUAACCAAUGCCGUCUCCUUUGAAGCUAUUUUCAUGUCCUGCAGAUAUGGAUGGAACGACAAGUUCUGCCUUUGGCAGAGCAUGCUAAGCUGGUGAACCUGUCUUGUUAGCGUCUUGCUAGCUUAGCAUCAGUUAUCUGACCGAGCAGUUCGAUUCCCUCCCAGCUUUACUCUGUUUCUAACAGAUAUGGCUGUAUAACUCUGACAUUGUGAAGAUUUUUAAAAAGCAGGGAUCUAUAAAGAUGUUACGGGUAUCGGAUAGUCGAUAACUUGCUAGCAGAAUGUCACUGCUAGCAUGUGAACUCCAGCUAGUUUCUUGUGAGCGCAGGACCAACACAAAAUCAGAUUCCUGCCAUUUUAAAGCUACUUUUGGUAAUGCAGACCAUUUCUAAAUAUUUAAGCUGAUCUGUAAAGUUUAAACGAUCAGUGGAGGGGGAGGGGUCACUAAUGUGACGCCAAUUAAAGCUGAGGCAGCUUUUUAGUACAAGUAAGAAAGUUCCUUAGGGACCCGCUACACCAGGCGGGACCCCAAGUUCACACAUCAUCCAAAUCCCAUCACAAAGACAAUAAUCUACAGAUAAUUUACCUGCUGGUAAUCUCUCAACAAAAGUUCAACUUGAACUAUCUGAGGGAAGAGUCUGGAUGUGUAUACUCUAUUUUUUCUCUCUCUCUCUCUCUCUGAGAUGAGAUUUGUAGCAAUCGCCACGGUUAUUACUCACUUCACUGCACACAUAUGAAGUUUUCUUGUAAAAUUACUUUUCCUUAUUUCGCUGGCUUUUUGUUGAUGUGGGCUCUUGGCAAGAAUCACAGUUGUGAUCCAUUUAUUAAUUGCUUUUUUUCCCUUUCUCUCUCAAAUGACCUUUUAAUAUAAAAGCAUCACACGAGGAGAAAAAGUAUGAUCAAUAACAUGAGAUUUUUUUAACUUGACCAACACAACGGCAUCAAAAUACUUCCCUACACUGCAAUAAAGGCUGGGAGUAAGGUAAUAACAUUGCUUCGCUUGUGUGCCUUUUUUAGUACGACAGUCGAAAAGCUAGAUAGUUAAAUAGAAGUACUCAUGCAAGGUGACAGAGAUUGAUGGUAGAGAGCUGACGGGAAAGAGGAUGAAGCUAAGACCUCGUUCACAUGGAAACAAUUUUAGGUGUAUCCACAAAUGUUUUUUUUUUUUUGUCAUUUUGGUGCAUCCACAUAGAAAUUGCCAUCUUGGCAGAGAAGCUAUUCAUUUUGAAUUCCAGAGUGGAUCAAAUUCAGAAUGCCGGUUUUAUGUUUCACUUUCACAAAUAAACAUGGCUCCCUUUGGUGUU